CCCAAAUUCCAUAACACAAACAUUUCUGUGGACGAGAUUAGCACUGAACAUCAAAAAAUUCAGAAUUCCACUGAGAAAAGAAACCAGAAACUUUACAGGUGUUUUACUCACAUCCUCAACAGCAUGGCAGUUCCGCCUGGCGUGCCGCCUAUAGACCAUCUACACAAUAAUCAGGACCGCCAGAUCAUCAAUCAGUUGUUUUUUAAGAAUCAUGAGCAACAACCUUUCAUAGCUCUAAAAUCAACGCAACAUACAUCAACCAUCCGAGCUAAAAAGAAUACUUGGGAUGAUGAUGUUCGUCGAUUUCUUACAUAUCUUUGUGACUACCAUUAUGAAGAGGAAUGGUGGGAAAUCAUGAAGAAGCCACUUCCUCUACUAAAGAAGAAUGGAAAUAUAAAACAUCAAACUCCUUGGAAGAAAAGUCAGGAGGAUACUGAACACCAACAAAUUUACAUCAAAAAUGAGAAGAAAGCUAGUAAACAGCCUUUUAUGUACAUCAGGGGCAAACUAUACAUGUAUGGAGAAGAUAUCGCAAUGAAGUCAUAUAUGAGAAUGGAACAGAAUCAAAAGCUUAGAAGCAUGGCAGGUGGACCUCCACAACCAGACUAUGAGCCACUGGAACCAUACAUGUAUGAUGAGCCACCAGAACCUGACCCCAUUCAUGCACACAUGUAGACUGAACUCUACUGUCUUUGCAGAUCCAAAUGAAAACAAACAGCGAAGACUGCUAGAGAAAUCAAGGUCGCCAAGUCUGUUAGAUCUCCAGCCAACCACAUCUUCAUCACUUUAGGGGGCAUGAAAGUGAAAUGUUUCCCAAUCAGUGUGUGAAUUGAGCUGCUUCUUACACAGAUUCAACUCUUUUGACCACAGGUUUUGAACGAUCAUGUAAUGAAAUAUUCCUUUCAUGCCCCUACUCUGUACACAAUCAGAUUAUCAUCCGUAGCUUAAAGCGCUCCCCUUGUGCACUGCUAAGCCAGUAAUUCCUGCCAAGCCAGUGAUUCCUGCUAAGCCAGUGAUUCUUAAGUAUGGUACACAGAGCUAGUUCACAAUUACCAAGAAUAACAAUGUAAAACCUGAAGAAACUAAGAAUGAUACAUUACAAAUAAGCAGCACCCCCACCCAUGCCCAAACUUAUGACUAUGAUUUGAAAUAGGCAAACCGUCUCCUUUGUUUUAGCCACGCCGACCUUGAACGACGAAAAAAGCUUCUGAAAAAUACCAAGUGCAGAUUAAGUCCAACCCAUGACACUAACUUCGAAUUUGACUAACCCAGUUUAACUGGUGUCCUUCAUAACCAAUGUCCAAUACUCAAUCUAGGCAUCCCUUCCCUAAUCCUACUAAACCUAUUUCAAUUAUGCCCGACUAAGGGCGUUCCAAAGUCCCUGGGUCAGUGUCACCCACGGUCAUGACCUCACUGAAUUCUCACGAAAUAGACCAUACAUGCCCUAUUCCUUUUAAUGUUAUAAAUACGUUACGUUUCCCCUCACUGCCAUCAUCUCCAGCUGACAAAAGAUCACCCCCUUCCCCUUUAUAAAUGUGCUGAUUUUAAUUUUUUUAACCCAUUUCAAUCGGAAGAGAAGUAGACUGGGAGCAGAGGUUGUGCACAACAGCCAUUUUCCCCAUUAGCACUUUCGAUACGGAGUAUAUCCACAGGUGUUCUCACGUGUAUCCAUGUGGAACAAAAGCUCUUAUAAAGAUGGCUGCCAUGCACAACCUGUGUAGAGUUCUACAUUCUUUAACCUGGCAUAGCCACUAGCUACUCACUGUACUGAAAUGGAAGAUUGAGUGAGUUCUUGGAAUAAAAAUAAAGACUCCCAAUU